AUGAAGCAUAAUAUUUGGUUCAUGGCAGGCUUGAUAACCCUCGGACUGUGCACCAUGCUGGACUGUGCGACUUCAGGCGAGUCAUCGGAAAGAGAGUUGAUCAGCUCGCAAGAUGAAGCCGAUUUGCUGAGCAACUGCGACACGAUUUCUGGAAGAUUUCUCAUGGCCACCAAAUCUGGGGAAUCUAGUAACGUCACUAUUUCACUACCGAAUUUGGUCAAAGUGAAUGGGACUCUAUUCAUCCACGACGAUAUCUCUUUCUCCGCUCCAAAACUCAGGGAGGUUACAGGGUCAUUUGCGCCUAGCGGACGAGACUCGCUCCCACUGUUGGAGACUGUCGGUCAAACUCUUUUCAUCACGAUGACAGACGUACCAUCACUAUCGUUCCCGAGCCUGGUCCGUAUAGGCUCGUUUUUCUUUGACGGGGUUUAUGGCCUUAAGAGCAUCACGUGGGGUCCAGCCGGCUUUCCCGCCAUAACAGAAAGAUCAGGAAACAUCAGAAUUCAUGAGACCGACAUCGAAGACAUUGACUGGAUCUUCGACAAAGAUCGGGACUAUGGAAUCAUCUCCAUUCAAGGCCAAAAUAUCAAGAAACUUACUGUCACUGCCCAGACCAUCGAUAGAUUGGAUGUUACAGCAUAUGGUACCGAUAGGGAAGUUGAGGUCACAUUCGAUAUGCCUCGCGUGGAAGGCAGACUACACAGCAAGAUCAACACCUUAGCUUUGAACGGAGUCCGAAGCUUGAAAUACAUAGAGCCGCCGUCUUCAGUUGGGUAUUUGUCUGUGCAGAGAUGUAGCAUGAUUCGCCUGGACAUUCCUUUUCAGGUUAGCGAUUCACUAUUUAUCAGCGAAAACCAGCAACUGGUCAACCUAUUUUACGGCGUAAACUGGAGAAACUACGGUGAUACUAGCGGGCGAUACGAUGCGGGGGCCAUCUACAUCGUGGAGAAUCCGGCUCUAGUAAUGGACUUCAACACGACUGACUCCGUCACCAACGCAUCUACCGGCGCUUGGCGGUGGCCUCAAAGGACCAUGAAUACGCUUGUCAUGAAAGGUUCGAAAUGGUCCACAGGGUUUUUGUAA